AUGUCACAAAUCCUUUCAUGUGCAGACAGCCCUCUCUCGAUUACUGGAAAUAUAAUCGGCAUUUUGACAUUCGCAUACGCCGUUCUUAUCACGCUAGUCUACCGUACAAAACAGCUAGCCUCGGCGAACGAGGAAAUGGGAUUAUUCCUUCAACGGGCAUCGAGUGAACUCGAUGCAUUUUUGGCUGCACGAGAGCGUCUAAUGAAGCAUCUCCCUGUCUUUCCCACAAAGCUUGGCUCAUAUAUUGAGCCAUUUCUGGCAGGCACUCAAGACACUGUUGAUCAAUUCGAGGACCAAUUCAAGUCACUCAAGGAGUUGGGUGGUCGAAAGCCGUCUAUCUUUGAGGGAAGCCGUUUUGUAUGGACAAAGAAAGAUUUCUUAGAAACUCUCGGGGAGAUGUCUCGGAUAAGGUCGAACCUUGACGGCAUAUACCAAGUCUUGGUGAAUAGUGCGAUUUUCGACGAGAUUCAAAAUCAGAAGGCAGCCCUUGAGGAGUAUCAUAAGACAGUUUGCAUGCAAAAGAAUAUGCUUCGCCAAAUUAUGGAUGCUUUACAUUUGGAGGCCCCGAAAAACACCAAAAGAGUCUGA